AAAAAAGUGUAUUUCAGUGAAUAAAAAUGUCUGAUUCUGCAGUUGCAACGUCCGCUUCCCCAGUGGCUGCCCCACCAGCGCCAGUUGAGAAGAAGGUGGCCGCCAAAAAGGCAUCUGGAUCCGCUGCUACAAAGGCAAAGAAGACCACUGCCCCGCCAUCGCAUCCGCCAACUCAGCAAAUGGUAGACGCUUCCAUCAAGAAUUUGAAGGAGCGUGGCGGCUCAUCGCUUCUGGCAAUCAAGAAAUAUAUCAGUGCCACUUAUAAAUGCGAUGCCCAGAAGCUGGCUCCAUUCAUCAAGAAGUACUUGAAAUCUGCCGUGGUCAAUGGAAAGCUGAUUCAAACAAAGGGAAAGGGUGCGUCUGGCUCAUUUAAACUGUCGGCCUCCGCCAAGAAGGAUCCCAAGCCAAAGGUUGCGUCUGCUGAGAAGAAAGUGAAAAGCAAGAAGGUAGCCGCCAAGAAGACCGGAGCCACCGCCAAGAAGGCUGCCACGGGAGCUGCCGACAAGAAGCCCAAGGCUAAGAAGGCUGUUGCCACCAAAAAGACCGCCGAGAAGAAGAAAACGGAGAAGACGAAGGCCAAGGAUGCCAAGAAAACUGGAACCGUAAAGGCAAAGCCAGCAGCAACAAAGGCCAAGUCGACGGCAGCGAAGCCGAAGGCGGCCAAAGCACCAAAAGCCAAACCAGCGGCGUCUGCUAAACCCAAAAAGGCGGUGAAGAAAGCAGCUGCUCCUGCUACCGCUAAGAAGCCGAAAGCCAAGACUACGGCUGCUAAGAAGUAAAUUGUGAAAAAGUACAGUACCUGGUACACGCUCGCAAUCGCAAUUUCAGAUUUCGAAAUCUGAAAUUAGUUUAACAAGCCCUUUUCAGGGCUACAA